AUGGUUCGAAAUGUGGUCAACCGUAAUAUCGCCUCAGAGAAAUCAACUACGAGUGGCUCUGAUUCAGCGAUCGAACUGGAUGCCCCCAUCGACGCUUCCUCUAUCGUGUACGAAGGUUUUGUCGACGCGAUUGGGGAGGAGGUUCAGGAACAAGAUCGCUCUGCCACCCUUUCCCAUCUGGGACUAGACAGCCUGUCUGCGUUGGUCUUCCUGCAGACACUGGGUGAACUCGGCAUCACUGAAUUAGAAAUUCAAGAUGUUUUGGCUACCAAGACCAUCGGCGACCUUAUAGAAAAGGUUGACAAAUUGCGAUCAAAGGGGAAACCCGAUAUAGCCUCCAUCAUCUACAAAGGCCUUGUCGAUGCUCUUGGGGAGGAUAUUCAGCGACAAGACCGGUCUGUCGUCCUCGCCGAGCUGGGGCUGGACAGCCUGGGUGCUUUAGUCUUCCUACAGACCCUAGGUGAGCUAGGUAUCACGCAGCUGGAAAUACAUGAAGUCCUAGCCGCCAAUACCAUCGGCGACUUGAUUGACACAGUUGACAAACAACGAGCAAAGGAGACACUCGCUGCCGCUCCAGUAAUAGUCCACGAGCCUGAGCCUGAGCCCAUCGUCAUCCCAGCUAGGCCUGGUCCUGCUUUCGCCGCUCCUGGUAGCAUUGAUGUGACUAUCAUCGCGGCGGAUGACGCCGAAAAAGUGUUUGAGCUUCCCGUCGAGGAAAAACUAUGCCACUUCGACCACCACUGCCGCGCGCAAUGUCUCGAGGCUCUGGAACUAAACGACGACCAAGUCGAUCAAGUCUUGCCUGUCACCAACGUGCAGGCCCGAUUCGUCGCUCUCGCUAUCGACCCGGAAUAUUAUGAUACUGCCAAGUACGUCGGCCGGCCGCAGAUAACGCACUUCGUAUACAAGAUUCCCAAGGACAUGGACCCGGCCCGGCUCCAGCGCGCCGUCGAUACUCUGUUACCGCGGUACGACUGCUUCCGUACCGUCUUUGUGUCAGUCGAGCACCCUGUCGCCCCCUUUGCGCAGUGCAUCCUCUCGCCGUCGGUAGCCUGUAUUCCCAAGACCGAGGUCAUCUGCAACGACACAGACGCCGAAGACCGUAACAGCCUCUGGAGCCACACGAUCAACGGCAUCCAGAGAGCCGCCGAGGCCAGCAUGAGCGUCGACAAGCCCGGCCUCAACGUAGCGUGGGUGUGA